AUGUUAUAAGAUGAGAUCAUGAAACCUUCUUUUAGGUUAAGCGAUUUAUUGAAAUUUGAAGACUAAAGUCUUUUUGCGGAAUCUCCAACUAAAAGAAAGUCUUUGGCUCCUCCGAAACCUCUCUAAAGGCAUAUAUUCGAUAUAACUAAUGGGGCUUUUCAGUUUACCAUUGGGGAAUUUACUUAAAGCAUUAAAAAGGAAAGAGUGCCUAUAUAAAAAAAUCUAAUAAAGAGGAUUAAUGUGUAUGUGGAGACUGAAUGCUAACAAUUACAAGUGCAACAACAAUUGGGAAAGAGCAUUCAAUAAAAAAUAAUUGAAGAUCUUAAUUUAUUGGUUUUUGCAUUAUGUCAUAUUUCAAAGCCAAUAGUGGACUUUCUUGAAAAUCAUUUCGUUGAUUAUGCUGAAGAGUUGUAAAUAACUAUUUGGGAAAUUAAUCUAUAACUUUUUCAACCCAAAAUUGUUGAAUUGAUAAAGAAAUAUAUAGCCACUAGUAUGAACAUAAUUCCUGGAAGUUUAUAUUCUCAAUUGAUAGAACAAUCACAUUAAUUAUUAUGCAGUUUAUCUUAUGAAGUUAGCGAUUAAAUCUGUUUAAUUUUAGAGGAAUGCAGAGGUUACAUAGAACCAUUUAUUUCUAAAUUUCGAGAGAGAGUAAUAUUUAUUAAAUAAUAUAGAAUAUACCAUAAAUCCUAUUAAACAAAUAUACUAUAUUAGCAUUAUUUCAAGAAUUAAGUUAAAAUUGCUAUUAAACAAUAUAAGACCUCUUGGAGUUUACACUAUUCCAUUAUGCUGAACCUGAUGUUGUUGAAAAAUUCAUGAGAUAUGCUAUUGAAAAUUAUGACACAUUGAUACUCAAAAAUAAAAUGCUAUCUAAUUAAGCAUAACAAAAUGAAAAUAUCAGCAGACAAACAGUUGACUAAGUAUUAGACUGUCUCCAAUAAUGUAUCACCAAUAAAAGUAAGUCAACUGCAGUGUACAAAAUUUAAUGUAGACAAAAACUACAAAAAAAAUCAAGUGAAGAUGAUGAAGAUCAAUGCACUCAAUCAACUGAUAUUAAGUCUUUUAAGAUGUAAAAGGAUGCAAGAUAUUAUCUAAAUGGACUAUACUUCGAAAGUGAGGAUCCUCAAUCAAAAUUUAUCAUCUAUGCAAUGAAUGAGGAAUUUAAAGUGAUAUAUGCUCCACUAGUAAGUAAAAGGUGGGCAUUUUAGAAAGUACUUUAUGAAAUUCUAUUUAGACAUUUGUGAUUGAUCAAUAAGAAAAAGAUGGGUUCUUUAAAAAAGAUUCUAAUAGAAAGUCAGGUUGGGGCGUUUACCCAGUUAAAUUUAAAACAAUGAAGGAAUUAAUACACUCUAAUUGGGUUCAUGAAUAAUUAGCUUUAAUGAUAUUGAAUUAAUACUAAGAGGAUGAGUACUAAAUAAGAAAACAAGCUGAAGGAGAAAUGGAUACGAUGUUUGGAUCAUUUUUAGCCAAUGUUAACAGAAACAAGUAUUUUAUAAACCUAUUAAUAGAGAAUUCUUACAAAAUUUCGGUGAAAAUGCAGUGAAUAAUGGUUGUAUGUAAUAAUUGGUGGUUUAUAUGCCUUUACUUAAAGAUUUUUUAAAUUUAGGAGGGUUUGGAGCUUAGGCUUUGUUGACUAGUUAAGAAAUAUACACUCCAUAGAGAACUUUUACUUCUACAUUGGCGAUAUCAACUUCAUUAGUGUCAGGGGCUUUGAUUGGGUAGGCUUUGAUUCCAAUACCUUUGGUGGGAGGCAUUGUUGGAGGGAUUAUUGGAGGAUAUUUGGGGAAUAAGGGAAUGACGAAUUACACUAAGAGUAGAAACGAGAAGAAGUCUUAGGAAAUGGUGCAGAAGUUAUUGCAGAAUUAAUUAUAAGAUGGUCAUUGGGAAUGUAAUAAGAUCAACCUGGAUGUUAUGGUUAUAAAUUUUAAAAUAUUAAAUGAUCACAUGCCCAAUGUCUUAAGUGAGGAUAGUGACAGGCAAACGAAGUGGAUGAAUUUAGUGAUUUUUGGAAUAUUGAGUUUGUUCUUUAAUUCCAAUGAAAUGCCGGGAGUGUGGCAGGAAUGUUUGGAUUGCCUACUAAAAUAUAUAUAAAUAGAGAAAAUAUCACUGGCAGAUACUCUGGAAAAUUUAAAAUAGAUAGUUGAAGUCAUAGUAAAAAAUCUUUGA